AUGCCUCUCAGCAGCUCUUCCCUCUUCGAGGACCCAACCUACGACAUGUUCAAGUUCCCUUCACGGCGAAGCGUCGUCCACAGCACUGAGGGAAUUGUCGCCUGCUCACAGCCUCUAGCCGCCAAAUGCGGUCUUGAAGUACUGCGAGCAGGAGGCAAUGCUGCCGACGCUGCCGUAGCAGUUGCUGCCGGCCUCAACAUGACCGAGCCCUGCUCAACCGGCAUCGGCGGCGACAUGUUCAUCCUCUACUGGGACGCCGCCAAGCAGCAAGUCCUUUCCAUGAACGGCUCCGGCCGCUCAGGCGCCAACUGCACGCUCGAAAAGAUCCGCGCCGACCUCAACAUUGAGGACGGCGACGUGGGCAAGAUCCCCAUGACGAGCGUCCAUUCCGUGACUGUGCCCGGUGCUGCGGCCGGAUGGGUGGAUGCGGUUGAGCGGUUUGGCAGCGGAAAGCUGGAUAUGAAGCAGAUCCUGGACCCGGCAAUUCGGCUGGGUGAGAAGGGAUUUCCCGUAUCAGAAGUUACUGGCUACUACUGGUCAAGCGCAGAGCAUCUCAUCCGGGAUGCCUCCCCCAACUACGCAGAAAUGCUCAAAGUCGAUCCCAGCCAAGCAGACGGCGUCAGAGCCCCCCGUCCAGGCGAAAUCAUGAAGAAUCCCACCCUCGCCCAGACAUUCCGCACACUGGCCGAAGAAGGCAAAAAGGGCUUCUACACUGGCAGAAUAGCCCACGAGCUCGUCAAGGUCGUCCAAGAUCUCGGCGGCCAUCUCACAUUAGAGGACCUGGAGCAUCACCUUGAACUAGGCAGCGAGCCCGUCGAGCCCAUCUCUCUCAAGUUCCGCGGCCAGGGCCUCACCAAGGACGCUCCCGACGAGGGCAUCGAGCUCUGGGAACACCCUCCCAACGGCCAGGGAAUCAUUGCCCUCAUGGCCCUCGGCAUCAUCCAAGAGCUCGAGAAGCAGGGCGAGAUCCCCACGUUCAAACCGGAAGACUUCAACUCCACGCCCUAUCUCCACGCCAUCAUCGAGGCUCUCCGCCUAUCCUUUGCCGACGGCAGCUGGUACAUUGCCGAUCCCAACGUCACGCCCGUGCCCAUCGAGGGCCUCCUCUCCGAGAAGUAUCUCUUCCAGCGCGCCUCGCUCUUCAACCCCAAGCGCGCCCUCGAUCUCGUCGAGCACGGCGAGCCAAACUUCCCCUCGCCGGCCCUCCAGAGCAGCGACACCGUCUACUUCACCGUGUCCGACUCCCACGGCAACGCCGCCUCCUUCAUCAACUCCAACUACGGCGGCUUCGGCACGUGCAUCAUUCCCAAGGGAUGCGGCUUCACGCUCCAGAACCGCGGCGCAAACUUUUCGCUCGACGCCAACCACCCAAACAAGCUGGAGCCCCGAAAGCGGCCCUACCAUACCAUCAUCCCGGCCAUGGCGACCAAUCUCAAAGACGGCUCUCUGCACUCGUCCUUUGGUGUCAUGGGCGGCUUUAUGCAGCCUCAGGGACACGUCCAAGUCCUGCUGGGCCAGAUCGUCGGCAAACUAAACCCUCAGCAGGCGCUGGAUGCGCCGCGGAUAUGUGUUGGCGCGGGCUUCCCCGAGCCGGGCAAGCCGUUGGACUGGACGGUGAGUGUCGAGGAGACGAUGGCGCCGGAGGUUGUCGAGGGACUGCGACAGUUGGGUCACAAAGUCGUUGUCGUUGGCGGAGGGCCAAAGAGAGGCCUGUUUGGACGGGGGCAGAUUAUCAGAUACACACUUGAUCCGGUUGAGAAGACGCCGAUUUGGUCGGCGGGCAGUGAUAUGAGAGCAGAUGGAGCGGCAUACCCAUUGUAG